AUGGUACAUGUUGGGUAUGGAGGCUUCAGUAGAGAAGGUCUCUGCCUCCUAUUUCAGAAUAAGCUCAAUGAUGUUAGCCAGAGGCAAGUCUCAUCUGGAAUGUUGGAGCUGCAAGCAGAAGUUUCAAGAUUAUAUUUUGCCAACUCAUAUGAUCAAAAUCUGUCUACUUGCUUGGAAAUCAUUGAACAAGUUGCCAAAAUCCAAGGACAGUGCUUUAAGAUGCUCACAGAAACAGCCAAAGAAGGAGGACACUUUGAAGGUGUGGAAAUUCUCAAAUCUCGUCUUUUGCCUUGGCUGGAGUCAUCUUUUAAUGCUGCCUCCGCAGGAAGAUCACUUGACAGUUCAGGCCCCUCUCUGCAGGACACAUUUGAUAAGGAGAGACAGAGAGAUACUAUUCUUCGUGACCAAGACUUUAGACAAUUAGACUCUGACUUGACCUCAACUCGUAAUCAACUCAACCAGGUUCAAGACGAUAUGGCUACAACUGAAAAGACUCUUGAAGACUCCAAGAACAGAUCGGCCAUUUCCCUUUUGGCUGCAGAGGAGGAAAUAAAUCAGCUAAGAAAGCAGCUCAAAUAUCUUCAAGCCCAGGAAGAUGCCCGUCACAAGAGCUUGGACCAACGGAGCUCAGAAUUUAGGCGCUCUGAAAUGCCCUCAGAAUUGAGAUUCUCAGAAAAGAGGGCCUCAGAACCACGGUCUUCAGAACAACGGAUUCCGGAUAGUAAAAUCCUAGAUAAAAGGAGGACCACGAUUGAUGCGUCAAAUAUUGAUAGGUCCAUUGCUGAUCAGAGCUCAGGCAUAGCUGAUUAUGAAAAGCAGGUCCGGAAUCUGAAGGACGAGAUAGCUGUUUUAUCUGCUGAAAAAACUUCGCUCCAAGGAAGGCCCACCAGGAGCCGAUCUCCGAGCCCCUCUGUCCUAAACAACCGGUCGGAGGUUAGGAGCCGCAGCCGGAGGGAGAGUCAGAGCCGCAGUCGGAGGGAGAGUGAGAGCCGCAGCCGAAGAGAGAGUCAGAGCCGCAGCCGCGCCGGGAGCUUGAGCCGUAACCGUAGCCGGCCGGAGAGCCGCAGCCACAGCCGCCACACGAGGGGCAGCGACAGUCGCAGCCACAGCCAGAGCCCCUGUCGCAGCCGCAGCCACUCCCGCAGCCCCAGCCGCAGCCGCUCUCACAGCCGGCGCGAAAGCCCGUCGGCCCUGCAGCCCCAGACCCGCAGCCCGUCCCCGAGCCGCGCCAAGGGCUCGAGCGUGGCCCGCAAGGCGGCUCUCCUGUCCCGCUUCAGCGACGCCUAUUCGCAGGCGCGCCAGGACGCGCAGUGUUUGCUGCGGCGCUGUAUCGACAAGGCCGAGACCGUGCAACGCAUCAUCUACAUCGCCACCGUGGAAGCAUUCCAUGUAGCUAAAAUGGCAUUCAGGCACUUUAAGAUUCGUGUGAGGAAGUCAUUGACACCAUCUUAUGUGGGAUCCAAUGACUUUGAGGAUGCUGUCUCUGAUUACAUCAUUUGUCAUCUUGACCUAUAUGAUUCCCAAAGCAGUGUUAAUGAUGUGAUCCGAGCCAUGAACGUCAAUCCCAAGAUUUCCUUCCCUCCUGAGGUUGACUUUUGCCUCCUCAGUAGCUUCAUCCAGGAGAUCUGUUGUAUUGCUUUUGCUAUGCAGACUUUAGAGCCACCCUUAGAUAUAGCAUUUGGGGCUGAUGGAGAAAUCUUUAAUGAUUGCAAGUACCGACGCAGCUAUGAUUCGGAUUUCACUGCACCCUUGGUCUUCUAUCACGUGUGGCCUGCUCUCAUGGAGAAUGACAAUGUCAUUAUGAAGGGAGAAGCUGUUACCAAGAGAGGGGCUUUUUGGAAUUCAGUGCGAUCUCUAAGUCGAUGCCGAAGCAGGAGUUUAAGUCCCAUUUACCCUCGUAGUCACAAUUGUUUAAGCACGGUACAUAUCUGUCUAAUUUUCUAUACACAACUCAUCCUAGUAUUAUAUUCAAUACUUUCUUAUGAAAGAGGUGUUGGAUCUGCUUUUCUGGGGCUCAAGCAGCAGCCUUCAUUCACUAGCAGGUCUUCCCAAAUGAAAGCCUACAAAUGUCUAACUGCUCAGGCCCAGGCCCAGAAGAAUCCAGAAAACUAA